AUGGCAACAUCCUACGACUACGACGAAGCUCCGAGCAGACACGAUGACCAAGCCGGUCCACAAAUUUACGACCCAAACUUCGUCCCGGACUCUGUCAAGUCCUUUGUGACUCACUUAUACAGACACAUAAGAGACAAAAAUGUGUACGAGAUUCACCAGAUGUAUGAAACCUCUUUCCAAACACUAUCCGACCGCCUUUUCAAAGACGCUCCUUGGCCUUCAGUCGAUGCGGUCGCUAAUUAUGUCGACAAUGAUCAUGUUUUCUGCUUGCUGUACCGUGAGAUGUGGUUUAGGCAUUUGUAUGCAAGACUUUCGCCUACGCUUAAACAGCGAAUUGAUAGUUGGGAUAACUAUUGUAGUCUUUUUCAGGUGGUUUUGCAUGGCGUAGUGAAUAUGCAAUUGCCGAAUCAGUGGUUAUGGGAUAUGGUGGAUGAGUUUGUUUAUCAGUUUCAGAGUUUUUGUCAGUAUAGGGCUAAGAUGAAGAACAAGACUGAGCAAGAGAUUGCCCUUUUGAGGCAAUUUGAUCAGGCUUGGAAUGUGUAUGGAGUGCUGAACUUCUUGCAAGCUCUAGUGGAGAAGUCGAUGAUUAUUCAGAUACUGGAGCAGGAGAAGGAAGGUCUUGAACAAUUCACUGCCACUGAUGGGUAUGAUUACAAUGGUGGCAGUAAUGUUUUGAAGGUUUUGGGAUAUUUCAGCAUGGUUGGUUUGCUGCGAGUUCAUUGCCUUUUGGGUGACUAUCAUACUGGCCUGAAAUGCUUACUUCCUAUUGACAUUAGUCAACAAGGUGUCUAUUUUAGUGUUAUUGGAAGCCACAUCACUACAAUAUACCAUUAUGGUUUUGCCAAUCUUAUGUUGAGAAGGUAUGUGGAUGCCAUUCGUGAAUUCAAUAAAAUUCUCUUGUACAUAUACAAGACUAAGCAGUAUCAUCAGAAAUCUCCACAAUAUGAGCAGAUACUAAAGAAGAAUGAGCAGAUGUAUGCGUUGCUAGCAAUUUGCCUGUCACUUUGCCCACAAGUGAAGCUUGUUGAUGAGACAGUCAAUGCACAAUUAAGGGAGAAGUAUGGUGAAAAGAUGGCUAGAAUGCAAAGAUACGAUGAUGAGGCAUUUGCUCUCUAUGAUGAGCUGUUCUCAUAUGCAUGCCCUAAGUUCAUUACUCCCUCAGCUCCAAGUUUUGAAGAGCCUCUUGUAAACUACAACCAGGAUGCUUACAGACUGCAACUGAAGCUGUUUCUUUAUGAAGUAAAACAGCAACAAUUGUUGUCAGGUGUUCGAACCUUCCUGAAAGUGUAUUCAACCAUAUCCCUUGGGAAGCUUGCUAAUUACAUGGAAGUGGAUGAACCAACUCUAAGGACUAUCCUGAUGACAUAUAAGCACAAGACUCAUGCUGUCAAUUCCGAGGGAAAGAUUAUAUCUAAUGCUGAUGUGGAUUUCUACAUUGAUGAUGACAUGAUUCAUGUUGUUGACAGCAAACCAGUGAAGCGAUAUGGUGAUUACUUUUUGCGGCAAAUUGCCAAGCUUGAAGCAGUGAUAAAUGAUAUGGAUCGGAUAAAGCUGGAAUGA